AUGAGCCACUCUGUCCACCUGACGGUGCUCGAGCUCCAGCUGAACAUGUACUUCGGCACCGAGGUCGUCAACCGGGUGCUGUUUUUGCGGGAGAACGGCGACUUCGUCCACGACGCCAUCACCCACCCCAGCGCUCGCUUCAUCUUUUACAAUAAGACCGACCCGUUAGUGGUCAAACCCAGCGAUAACAAGCUUGUGAUCCUUACCAAUGGCGACCACCAGUUGAUUAAACUGCCUACGGAUGUGGCGGCGGACGAAGGGCUCGCCCGACACCCCCAGUGGCAGCGGGUCGUCCGCACCUGGAGCGAGCUUAAUAAGCUGAUGGACGCCGAUAUCCGCAACAAAAGCCCCGGGUUCGUAUUUUUGGGUCUCUACGACCAGAGCGUGGGGCUUGAUUUACACCUGUUGAAGAUUUACGACGACGAGCGCUACCUUGAUUUCCAGGGCCGUUACCAAGGGAUCCCCUUCUUUGCCGUCGACGUCACCAACUUCCCCGACGUCGCCGACCUAGUGGUUAACCACGUGAAACAGGCCGUCAAAGGCGACGACGACGCCGAGGUGUUUUUCACCUAUUCUCGCCGCCACUACCUCUCGUUCCCGCACCACGAGGCCGCGCUCUAUAGCCACGGCAAAAUGUACUUGGACUGGCUAUCCCGCAACUUAUUCUGCCCUGGGUGUGGCUCUAAAGUGAUCCCCAUCCACGCUGGCGGCAAACUCCGAUGUACCAACAACUCUAAAAACGAUAAAGAUGACUACCAGUGUCCCGUGCGUGGCGCCAGCGUGUCCAAUUUGUCGUUCCCGCGUACCGAUGCCGUCGUCAUCACUGCUGUUACCAAUACCGACCGGUCCAAGAUCCUUUUAUCGCUUAACAAGCGCCACGCCAACACCAAGAUGUACCUGUGUACUGCGGGUUUCAUGGAGCCGAGCGAGACGGUGGAGGUGGCGACUCGCCGUGAGAUCUGGGAGGAGACUGGGGUCACCGCUAACAGCGUGCUGCUCGUGAUGACUCAGCCGUGGCCGUUCCCGGCUAACCUUAUGAUUGGGUGCAUUGCCACCGUCGAAUUUAAUGGAGAAAACGAGCUGAUCGACUUGGACCACGACGGCGAGUUGAUCGACGCCAAGUGGUUCGACACCCUGGUGGUGCGCAAGCUCGUGUACCCGGACGAGCAGCUGCUCGACGUCGACAUGUUGUUGCCGAUGCCCGAGCUGAUAGCGUUCUCGUUGAUCAAGUUGGUCGUCGACGAGCACCUGAAAUUUAAGCUAUAA